UUGCGUUGUUACUUUCCAAUGGCAAGGGCUUUGCUUAUGAAUCUUAAUAACCAAGCCUUCAUCAUAGUAGAUAUGAAGAAUUCGUCCUGGAACUCGACUCGGUAUUCAUCCGCCCCCUCUCAUCUCCCGUCCUCCAGUGCGCGGAUGCUGCUGCUGCUGCCAUCACAGCGAGAUGCGCGUCAAACGGGCAUCAUCAGCAUGUAGACCCCACAUCUCUCCUUCACCCAUCAGGGUCUUCCUGUACCCACUCUGCCAAUCAGCACCAAAUAUAACAGCAACGAUGUGACCACAACGACCCUCCUUUAUGUUCCCGAAAGCACAAAACGCCGUUUUUAAGCGAUUAAUUAUUGCGGACAUGGUACAAUCUCAUCUGCAUCAUUCAGGUUUUCUUCCGCAUAAGAUGAAGUCCUCACCACCGUCUGACGGGUUCUGUUCCCUGUAUUUUAUUUAUCUAUUCUGCACCGUUGCGCAUCAUCUGCAACUGGAAUAGCGAUUAUGUGACUUUAAUUUUUAUUUUUUAUCUCCAUGAUGGGUAUGAUUUGAGGAUAGUACAUCACUGGAUAUCACUCUGUUUUUCCUUCAUUUUCUCGACUCAACGUCAAAUGUCCUUGGAACAUGGCCUGCGCGGUUCUUUUCCCAUGCUUUUCCUGUGUUACUGGAUCCCCUUUAUUGUUUAAAACUCACUAACAUUUGCUUCAUUUAGUUUACAUAGAGAUGGAUUGGCACAAUGACUAUCACUUUAUUUGUUGACUUAUUCAUUAUGGGGGGAUAUUUAAGGGGAAAUUGUCACACCUUAGAAUAAGAAUCUUCAAACAAACUGACAAUUCAUGUUUCAAUAUGGAGAACUACACACAGAGCAUCUUAGCAAGAGGUGAGGAACAUAAAUAAGACAAACGAGAUAAAGCAUUUUCCCAAUCACUCAUCACAUAGCAUCUGUUGAAAAGAUACCAGUCUUCCACAACCAACACACAUCAUGGGGGAUCUCGGCAAUAGCACGGUGGAAUUCCACCCUAAAAAGCCGGGGGUGGACAAGGGAAGCUAUGAGGGGGAUUUCGGGGUGUCGUUGGAUGAGCUGUGCUCACUCAUGGAGGUCAGAGGAGCUGAGGCACUGCAGAAGAUCCAGGAGAGCUACGCAGAUACGGAAGGCCUCUGUCACAGACUCAAGACAUCACCUGCAGAUGGACUGUCGGACAACCCUGCAGACCUGGAGAAACGUCAGCUGGUGUUUGGACAGAACUUCAUUCCUCCCAAGAAGCCCAAGACCUUCCUUCAGCUCGUGUGGGAGGCUCUACAGGAUGUUACUCUCAUAAUCCUGGAAAUAGCAGCCAUUAUUUCCCUUGGACUGUCCUUUUACCAGCCACCAGGAGGGGACAGUGAAGCAUGUGGUAAUGUGAGUACAGGUGCAGAGGACGAAGGAGAGGCGGAGGCGGGAUGGAUCGAGGGUGCAGCUAUCCUGCUUUCAGUGUUCUGCGUGGUGUUGGUGACAGCAUUUAAUGACUGGAGUAAAGAAAAGCAGUUUCGUGGGCUACAGAGCCGUAUCGAGCAGGAGCAGCGCUUUGCUGUGGUGCGGAAUGGCACAGUUAUCCAAAUCCCUGUGGCUGAGAUGGUGGUGGGGGAUGUUGCCCAGGUCAAAUAUGGCGACCUCCUGCCUGCAGAUGGUGUUCUCAUCCAAGGGAACGACCUGAAGAUCGAUGAGAGCUCCCUCACCGGAGAGUCUGAUCACGUAUCCAAAUCCGUCGACAAGGAUCCCAUGCUGCUGUCAGGCACUCAUGUAAUGGAAGGGUCGGGGAAAAUGGUGGUGACCGCAGUCGGUGUCAACUCUCAAACUGGAAUCAUCUUCACCCUCCUGGGGGCCGGAGAGAUGGAGGAAGAGAAGAAAGACUGCAAGAAAGAGGUCAAUAGUAAUUCAUCCACGCUGUUGCCCAGUGUUGAAGCCAAAGAACACACCAUCAGAAAUGGUAAACAAGAUGGGACCCUGGAGAACAAUCAAAAUAAAGCCAAGAAACAGGAUGAGGCUGUUGCCAUGGAGAUGCAGCCUCUAAAGAGUGCGGAAGGUGGAGAAGUGGAGGAAAAAGAGAAGAAGAAGUCCGGUGUGCCCAAAAAGGAGAAGUCAGUUCUUCAGGGCAAACUCACCAAGCUGGCAGUACAAAUCGGCAAAGCAGGUCUGGUGAUGUCUGCCAUCACUGUGAUUAUACUGAUGCUGUACUUUGUGAUCGAGACGUUCGUCAUUCAGGGGCGGGUGUGGCUGACGGAGUGUACACCUAUAUAUGUGCAGUACUUUAUGAAGUUCUUCAUUAUUGGAGUCACAGUUCUGGUGGUAGCUGUGCCAGAGGGUUUGCCACUUGCUGUCACCAUAUCGCUGGCCUACUCUGUAAAGAAAAUGAUGAAGGACAAUAACCUAGUACGUCAUUUGGAUGCAUGUGAGACUAUGGGCAAUGCCACGGCUAUCUGCUCAGAUAAGACAGGCACCCUUACCACUAACCGGAUGACGGUGGUGCAGAUUUUCAUGGAGGACCAGAACUUCUGGGACAUCCCAAAACCAGACCAGAUUAACCGCAAGACACUGGAGCUCAUCAGCAGUGCUAUCGCUGUUAACUGCGCCUACACCUCCAAUAUCAUGGCUGCAGAUAAGGAGGGUGGGCUGCCCAAACAGGUGGGUAAUAAGACAGAGUGUGCUCUGCUGGGUCUGGUGCAGGGCCUGAAGCAGGAUUACCAUGCUGUAAGAGAGCAGAUUCCUGAAGAAAAGCUCUAUAAAGUCUACACCUUCAAUUCUGUCAGAAAAUCCAUGAGCACCGUCAUUCAGAUGCCUGACAGAAGUUUCCGCUUAUACAGCAAAGGAGCCUCUGAGAUCCUGCUCAAAAAAUGCUCGUUCCUCCUGGCCCGUGAUGGCGAGGCUCGUGCAUUCAGACCACGGGACAAGGAUGAGAUGGUGAAAAAAGUGAUUGAACCAAUGGCAUGUGAUGGCCUCCGUACGAUCUGCAUCGCCUAUCGGGAGCUUCCAGCUGACCCCAUGCCAGAAUGGGACAAUGAGACAGACAUUGUCUCCAACCUUACCUGCAUCUGCGUGGUUGGCAUUGAAGACCCUGUGCGACCUGAGGUCCCAGACGCUAUCACAAAGUGUCAGCAAGCGGGCAUCACUGUGCGUAUGGUGACGGGUGACAAUAUCAACACUGCACGUGCCAUUGCUGCCAAGUGUGGUAUCAUCCAUCCCGGCGAUGACUUUCUGUGUAUGGAGGGGAAGGACUUCAACACACAAAUCAGAAAUGAGAAAGGAGAGAUUGAGCAGGAGCGCAUUGACAAAAUUUGGCCUAAACUCAGAGUUCUGGCUCGAUCUUCCCCUACAGACAAACACACCCUAGUCAAAGGAAUCAUAGACAGUACCAUUCUGGAGCAAAGACAGGUGGUUGCAGUCACAGGUGAUGGCACAAAUGAUGGACCUGCCCUCAAAAAAGCUGAUGUUGGCUUUGCUAUGGGAAUUGCUGGCACAGACGUGGCCAAAGAGGCGUCUGACAUCAUUUUGACAGAUGAUAACUUCUCUAGUAUAGUAAAGGCCGUGAUGUGGGGCCGAAAUGUGUACGACAGCAUCUCCAAGUUCCUACAGUUUCAGCUCACCGUUAAUGUGGUGGCUGUCAUAGUAGCCUUCACUGGUGCCUGCAUCACGCAGGAUUCACCCCUCAAGGCUGUGCAGAUGUUGUGGGUCAAUCUUAUCAUGGACACUUUUGCUUCACUGGCCCUUGCCACGGAGCCACCCACUGAAGCCCUGCUACUGAGGAAGCCCUACGGCCGAAACAACCCCCUCAUAUCAAGAACCAUGAUGAAGAACAUCCUCGGACAUGCAGUCUACCAGCUCAUCAUCAUCUUCACCCUGCUCUUCGUGGGUGAGAAAAUCUUUGAUAUAGACAGCGGGCGUAACGCUCCACUUCACUCUCCUCCCUCUGAGCAUUACACCAUCAUCUUCAACACCUUCGUCCUCAUGCAGCUCUUCAAUGAGAUCAACGCCCGUAAAAUCCAUGGAGAGAGGAACGUGUUUGAUGGGAUCUUCUCAAACCCCAUCUUCUGUUCAAUCGUGCUGGGGACCUUCGCAAUACAGGUUGUGAUCAUACAGUUUGGAGGGAAACCUUUCAGCUGUUCCCCCUUAAAUGCGGAGCAGUGGCUUUGGUGCUUGUUUGUGGGAAUGGGUGAGCUGCUCUGGGGACAGGUAAUAGCAUCAGUGCCAACACAUCAUUUGAAGUGUCUGAAGGAAGCGGGCCAUGGGUCAGCUUCAGAUGAGAUGAUGGAUGAAGAACUCGCUGAGGAUGAGGAUGAGAUCGAUUACGCAGAGAGAGAGCUGAGGCGAGGACAGAUCCUGUGGUUCAGAGGACUCAACCGAAUCCAAACUCAGAUGGAGGUAGUGAGUACCUUCAAGAGAAGCGGUUCGUUUCAGGGUGCAGUGCGACGACGCUCCUCAGUGCUCAGCCAACUCCAUGACAUCCGGGUGGUGAAAGCUUUCCGUAGCUCCCACUACGACGGCAUCGAGCGGCCGGAAUCGCGGAACUCCAUUCACGACUUCCAGGCGCACCCUGAGUUCAUCAUCACAGACUCGGUCCACAACAUCCCCCUGAUCGACGAGACGGAUGUGGACGACGAAUCGGAACGCUCCAACCAUAACCACGUGCCUGUGGCGCUUCGUCACCCCGCUCCUCACUCUCAGCCGCCUCCGAGACCCCCGCGAUCCCGCUACCCGAGCCGCCCACUGCGGCAGCAGAGUCUGCCUGUUACCCUCAACUGCAACAACAAUGCCACAGAGAGCCGCGUCUACCUUGGCUCCAACGACAACGGGGUGGCGCACAUCUCAACCUGCCCCGUCAGCCCUCUGCACAGCUUGGAGACAUGCCUCUAAAGGAGGUCAUUGAUCCAAAAUAGUUUGAGACGGACAAGUACGGAUCAAUUUUAGGAGAGAAUGUUGAUAAAUACGACAUGGACUGUCAGAGAAACGUUUAGGAUGUUUCUGUACCUAAUCUUUGUUCCUAUAGCAGAUUCACUGCUUCAAAAUGUUUCAGUGGUUCUUUACAGUAAAUUGUGUGACCCAAAGACAAUCCCACUCCGCAUGAAAGUGACCGAUUAUGUUCUCUUAUGUUGCACUUGAAGAAAUACUGUAGGCUACCUGUAAUGACAAGGGGGAUGAUAGGUGUGGACUCUGCACUGAAGACUAAAUAUUUUAAAGACUGUGAGCAUAUGAACGUGUAAAAAAAGACAAAAUAUUUAUUUGGGUAUAACUCUUCGCCUUUUAAUUAAUAACGUUAUUGUUCCAAUUAUUAUAGUGGUUAUAUUUCUGCUAAAACUAUGACGAUAACUACAGUUACUGUAUUCCGUUAUUGAAACUUCAUCGUUUAGCUUUAUAUAACUAAGAACGUUUGUAUGUAUGACGUAAGUCUGUACGUGUGUAUUUGUUUGUUUGUUUGCUGUUGUUAAAAUCCGUGUCUAUGUUCUCAUUGGUUCCAAAUGUGCCCCUUUCUCUGUUUCUGUGUUAGAGUGUGAUGUUUAUGUCUAAUUAAAAAAAGAAAAGAAAAGAAAAAAUGAUAUUAAAGAACAUAUUUCAGCAAAAUAAAUACAAUCAAAUGUAACCAUUGGAGGCAAAUCUUAUAAUACUUCAUGGAAAUUCGAGAGAAAACAGGCAGUGCAUUUCCCUUGUUUUAUUAAAGAGUUAGUUCACCUCUAAAUUAAAAUUCUGUUGCCAUUUACUCAACCUCAUACUUUCCAAACCAGCGUUGCUUUAUUUCAUCUAUGCAACACAAAGAUGUUAGCCUCCGUCACCUUUCAAUUUUAUGGUGGAAAAAAUAUGCAAUAUACAGACCUGUGCAACAGUUUUAGGCACUUGUGAAAAAUGUUGCAUAGAGGAAGUCGUCAAACAUAAUGCCAUAAAUAAUUUUUAUUUAUCACUUAAUGUCAUAUAUAGUCCAGUAAACAUAAAAAAAGCUAAAUCAAUAUUGGGUGUGACCACCUUUGCCUUUAAAACAGCACCAAUUCUCCUUGGUACACAUGGACACAGUUUUAUUGGUUGUUGGCAGAUAGGAUGUUCCAAGCUUCUUGGAGAAUUUGCCACAGUUCUUCUAACUAUUUAGGCUGUCUCAAUUGCUUCUGUCGCUUUAUGUAAUCCCAGACUGACACAAUGUUCAGUGGGGGGCUCUGUGGGGAGCAUGACAUCUGUUGCAGGGCUCCCUGUUCUUCUAUUCUAUUUGCAAAAGUCAAAAAAUUAUAAUUCCUAAUGACACACACAAAAUCUUAAGACAACUGUUUUUGUGAAACAUCUUAUGUGCACUUUUGCAUAGUACUGCAAAUGAUAAAGUGAAAGUGUGACUGAGGCUGUUAGUCUGUUAAAUUCUGCCUAAAAUCUCCUUUUGUGUUCCACAGAAGUCAUUUGUGUUUGGAAAGAACAUGAGGGUGAGUACAUGACAGAAUUUUCCUUUUGGGGUGAACUAAUGGAUUUUGAAGAGAAUCUCACCGAUUUUUUCUUCUAAGAUUAUUCUCAUUUGGAGUUUCAUAAGAGAAAAUUGUUCUCAUGCUUGCCAAGAUAUCAAAGUCUCCAAUCAAAAGCCAGAGAUUUCAAUAUAACUCAAGCAUUUGUCAUCAAAUGAUCAAUGUUCAAUUACUGACAAAGUUGAUACUUUAAUGAAGCAUAACACAACAAAUUUUCUCAAGCUUUGAAAGAGCACUUCUGAGCAAUAACAUUUUCCUCUGGGAUUUACAAGAUGAAGAAAAAAACUAUUUUGCAGAAUACAUAUAAUAUUAUAGAUUAUAAUUGUAAAAAUAAAACGUUAUUAACUUUUAUAUGUAAUUAGUUAAAUUAUAAUCAGUUCCAUGUUUAUGUAAUCGUACUUAUGUGCAAGUUCUUGCAUUUGCACUCAAGCUAUAAUAUAGGACAACAAACACAUACUGUAAAUACAGUAGCCUUCACACACCUGGGUGAUUGCGGACAGGUGCGUAGUAGACACACUUAACGUAAUGAAAUAAAUAGAAAAAAAAAAAAUCCCAAACUUUCAAAUAACUUGAGAAACUAUACAUUUUGCAUUUUGGUCAGAUUUUUAUUUUUAUUUUAUUUUUUUUUAUCAGAUUGAAAAAGUAAUAAUAAUAAAAGAAUAUAAUAAAUUAUUUAAUAAAAAAAAUAAAAGAAAAUAAAUUAUUUAUUUAUUUAAAAAUAUCUAUUGUGGGAUUGAAAGAUUUAAUCCUGACAGGGAAUAUAUUAUGCUGUCAAUAGUCACAGCAUGUUCACCUGUGUAUGUGAAUGCAAGAAUGCCCUAAAUAGUGUGUUUUCUGGGUCUUGAAUAUGUUUGCGCACACACACACGCAAUAAGGAAAUUCUGAUUUAGCUAAAUAUGUUUAAAUUGAUGUAUACUUACACGAGAAGUUAUAUCAAUAGCCUAAUGAAAGUUUGUACAUGAAGCGGGUCGUCUGAUGGGGGGCGAUAGACCUGACUAAUACUACUCACAUUUUCUUUGUAAACCCCUGUUACACUUUUGCUCACAGAAUAAAUUAAUCGUGGCGGACUGUAGCUCAUUUCCACCAUGGCAUCGAUAACCGAAUACUAAUGUCUAAUGCUGCACUACCCCGCUAGGUGUCAGUAAAAUGCAAACAAAACACUGUUUUGUAUUUAGAUUUUUCCUUUUGCUUGUGUUCGUACAUAUUAAAAUUAUAAUAAUAUAAAAUAAAAUAAACUUUUGUCAAGUGUAGUUAAUUAACCAUUGACAGGGGUCACUUCCUUUAAAUCUCUUUAAAUAAAAUGAUUGCCUAAAAUGACUUGCACACAAUCUGUGAGGUGCAUAUAUAUUAUGGAGCUUUCUUUCUGUUAUUUGAAGGCACAUGCACAUUCAUUAAGCAUUAGCUGAUACACCUCUCCUGUGAAAUAUUGCAUGUUUGCAUGUUUCAUUACAACACAUUACAUAAUGCAUAAAAACAGUUCAAAUGAAUGCAUAGAUACAUAAAAAAAAGUAUAUUAAUUGCGUUUAUAAAUGUUUAUAUACUAUCAUAUAAAAAACAUAAUCCCUUUAAGAAAAUUAUAAUUCUUACCUGCUUAUAUGAAAUGCCUGUCUGCUUUCCUCACCAUGAAAACAACUAAUCAUUUCUAUGGACACCUUUAACAUCUUGACUGACUCCACAUAUGACGUAUUUCAUGUUUUCUAAAUUUAUCUGAAAGUUGUGUGUGGGUUACAGACCUACAGGCCGAAAUUGCACGUUGUCAGCCAUUGAGUGUCUUGUGAGUUUUAUUCCUGCAGGGGGCGCUUGACGCUCUGAACACUGAAUCCUCCAUUCAUCCGCAUUUAAAUCUAAGAACGCUUUUUAUUUUUAUUUUAUUUGAUUAUUUAUUUUUGUCCACUUUUCUGACCUAGCUGGAGUCAAUCUUCACACCCUGGAUUCAAACUCGUGACUCCAGGGGUGGUAGUCAGCGUUAAUACUCGCUGAGCUUCCCAGGUAUUACCUUUGAGGUUGUCUGUUAAAUCCGUCCAAUGAUCCUUUGUACAUUUGUUUAUCUUCAUAACACACAUGAAAUUAAUGCAAUCGUUCUAAAUCAAAAAUCAAGCAAAUGACACUUACAUUCAAAAUCCAUAUUAUUAUUAUUUGUUCAAAUUUAUGAUAAUAAUAAAGACAAAGACACUUUGUUUGAUAAUCUUGAGGUAACUUUUAAUAUUAUUUGACUGUUUGACAUUACUUUGUUCUGUCACCAAACACUCAACAGUGAGAAGAAUCGUGUUACAGUGAAACAUCUGAGUGUCAGAAACUCUUGAUUACCAGAUAUGUUUUGUACAAUUCCUGGGAAUUUUAUCUUAAUUCCACCAGCAAAAGAGACUUGAGCUAAGAAGAAAUAGAAACAAAGAAAUAAAAAAGAAAAAGAAGUCUUUUUAAAAGACUUUUAACAUAAGUAAUUAUAAUUUCUGUUUAUUGUUUACAUUCCCACCAAUAAGAAUUGUACAACUGGAUCUUAUUCUUUUGAAUUUGUGAUCCAUCACUGUUUUCCAUUCACUGUCAUAACUUUGACAAGGUAAAAUAAUUUAAAGCUAAAGUUUACCCAAAAAUGAAAAUUCUCUCAUCAUUUACUCACACUCAUGCCAUCCCUGAUUUAUAUGACUUCCUUUCUUCAGCAGAACACAUUUGAAGAAAAAUAGAAAAAUAUCUCAGCUCGGUCGGUCCUUAUAAUGCAAGUGGAUGGAAACAUGAUUUUUGAUGCUCCAAAAGGCACAGACAAUCAGCAUUAACAAUAUCCAUACGACACCAGUGGUUAAAUUAAUGUCUCAUAAAGCGAUAUGAUCAAUUUAGUGUAAAAAAUAUACACUUAUAUACUUUUUAACUAUAAAUAAUCACAUCCGGUAAGCAGCAGUAUGCACGUUCAUGUUGAGGUCACAUGGUAUGCACGUUCACGCUGAGGUCACAUGGUCUUUCCAGCGAUGGCAUGGCAAUGUUCCAUUCUUUACAGCAGACCCUCUCUACCUCUGAUGGCACUGCCUGGCAUUCCCUACACGCGCUUGUUGUUGUGCUGCAGUUGGUCCAGCCUCCUCCAUCUCCCUGUACCUCUGGUCAGAGUUCUCAGGUUCAAAUAAAUAUGCUGUGCAAAAAAGUGUAUCUCCACUUCUCUUCUUAAAUCAAAAUCUUCUGACACCCUUGUUUAAAUUUGUUUACGGCAUUUGGUACAGCAUCUGUACUGUGUUCCUGAUAGUCAGUUUUAAACAGUGCUGCUUUUCCAGGUGUGUCACGCAUGCAUCACUUCUCGCAUGAACAUGCCAACACCAAUACAUUACACGAGAGGCCACUUGACCUCAGCCCUCUCUUCAAUGCGCAUACUGCUGCUUACCGGAAGCAAUAGUUUUUUUUUCUCUCCAAAAGCACUUGUACAGUUUAUAAGACAUUCAUUUAACCACUGGUGUCGUAUGGAUGACAUUAAUGCUGAUUGUCUGUGCUUUUUGGAGCAUCAAAAAUCAUGUUACCAUCCACUUCCAUUUUAAGGACCUACUAAGCUGAGAUAUGUUUCUAUUUUUCUUCAAAUUUGUUCUGCUGAAGAAAUUAAAUCAUACACCUGGGAUGGCAUGAGAGUGAAUAAAUGGUGAGUGAAUUUUCAUUUUUGGGUAAACUAUCCUUUUAAAAGACAAGACAACUGUGACAUAAAUUGGUUUUCCCAAAAGUGUAUUUAUAUUGCCUGGGAGAAAACAGACAACCUGUGUUUUGCACAUUCUAAUACACAAAGCCUACUGCAAAUAUAGUUUAUCUAUAUUUAUAGAUAAACAGAAUAACAAAUUGCAAUAACUUUCAACAUUCUGGUACAAUUAACAUUCUGAUGCAUCCUAGUUUGCUGGACAAAACUUAAACAUUUUAGAUUUGAAAAUGUUUUACUGCUUCCAGAGAAAAAUAUACUUUUAUGCUGCUGAUUAAAUCACUGACACAUGUAAGAUAGAACUUACCUGCUCAGCCAUUACUAAUCUAUCCCAUUCUGUGUUUUAGCUAUUAAAGUCUCUUCUGAAAAAGUUCACACUUUAUACUGUCAUAUUUGGGAAUGCUGGUAAUAAAAGUGCGUUUAUAAAAUUAUAAGCUUCACAUUUCUGCCUUUAAACCCUCUAAAAAUUGGCCCCAUUCACUUCCAUUGUAAGUGCCUCAAUGUAAAAAAAAAAUUAUUUAUUUUCUAAAGAGGAGGGAUGAGUCAAAAUAAUUGUUUUGUGGUAAUUAACAUUCUGCCACAAAUGCUGUCGAUUAAGCUUAACAUGU